CUUGGAUGCGGUGAUGCUGCCUAUCUUACGAAAUUAUUUCAUGAACAUAACAUAUGGCGUCGUAUUAUAUCUUAUACGGGUGUUGAUUUGUCGUCAGAAGCAAUGAAAAUUGGAGAAGAAAAUAUUAAACCAAUGUUGAAUAAUGAUGCAAAAUUAACAUACGUCAAACAAGACAUGUCAACGUUUGCGGAAGGAUGUAGCGAUGGUUUUUAUGAUUGUAUAUUUUCAUCUUUGGCUAUACAUCAUUUACAAGAUAAUGAAAAAGAAAACCUUCUUCAGCAAAUCAGGCGUAUAUUGAAACCAAAUGGGUGUUUUAUUAUGGUUGAUAUUUGUUUACAAGAAGAUGAAAAUCGUAAUGAUUUUAUACAAGAUAUUGCAACACAUAUUCGAAAUGAUUGGAUCAAAUUAGAUUUUGAACAAAUAACAAGUGUUAUAAGUCAUCUGGUCAGUUUUGAUUUUCCAGCUAAACUAUCCGUAUGGAAAAAAUGGGCUGAACAGCAAGAUUUAUUCAAAAAUAUCAUAUGCUUUGAAACACUCCGAUUUUACAAGACCAUUGUUAUGGAAUGUUAA